AUGCCUAAUACAGAUAACAACGAUUUACAUCGAUUUGUAAAUCUAUCAUUUCUACUAUUAAAUAAAAUACAUAGUUUUUUAGAUGAAAUCAUAGAUCGAGUCUCUUUCAGUUUAGUUUGUAAAAGAUUGUUUGAUCAUCGAGAUAAAUAUCUUUGGUUCAAUUCAAAAUACUUUUUGAAAUCAAAUUCUUUGGAAAUUAAUAAUAGAACGUUUAAAUUGAAUUCAUACAAAGAGUUAUUCCAAAGAUCAUUGGGUAACAAUACAAAUCAAAAGCAUUUAGUACUAGUUGCAGAGACUACAGGUAUCAAAGAAUACAGUGAUUACUUUUCUUUUCUUGACUAUUCUGAACCAUUCCUUUAUACAGUCGACACUAUUAAUACUUUUUAUAUCAGAAAUGAACAUAUUGAUAUGUUAAGAAAUAUCAAUGCAUAUUCAUUUUGUACUUCACAUAAUUGUCAAUUUCAAGACAACAUUAGAUUUCCACCGAAUAUAAAAGAAAUCAAAAUAACUAACCGUAUUAACGAAUCGAUGUUUCCGCAGGAAUUGGAAUGUUUAGAAAUGUAUAUACCUAUCGAACUCGAUGUCACAAAACUACCUAGAACACUAAAAGUACUAAAGAUAAAUGGUCUUGGAUCACUAACGAUCGAUUACGAAUCACUUCCGCCCAAUCUUGAAGAGUUCCUAUAUUGCGCAAUGAGAAGACAACCGCUCACACCAAGAGCCACACGUCUUCCAUCAACUCUAAAGAUUGUAUCGAUAUCAAACCACCAACUGCCAUACAUCAGACAUCUAAUAUCGAUACAUACACUUUCAGUGGUUAUCAUUAAUAGUUCCAUAAAGACUGGGGAUAUCCCAGAGAGUGUCACUUAUUUGUCAUUGAGCAAUAUAGGUACAAUAGAAACACCGAUCAUCAGAGAUAUGAUACCUUCAGGAAUCAAAAAUUUACGUUUCAUUCGUAAUUUUUCAUUUGAUUUGCAGUCAUUCGCAACACUUCAACAUUUAGAAACAUUGGAUCUAUCGGGGCAUAAUGUAGAAGGUAGUAAUGUAUUUGGAGUACUUCCAACAAGUUUAAUCAAUAUCUCACUGCCUUUGGAAGUCAAUUUUCAAUUCGAUUCUCUCAUAGCCAGUUGUAAUCAGUUACCAAACUUGAAGUUUAUCGAUUUUGGUGGAUUCAGUAAUGAUGGUGAUCAACGAUUAAACAACACAUCGAUAAGAUCAAUCAAACUACAUCAUACAACCAAAAUUACAGUACAAACAAUACCUAAAUCAGUGGAGAUUAUCGAUUUCAGUAAUUAUCAAUUGAAAGUAGAACCAGAGGUUUGGCCAUCUUCAAUUCAAUCAAUAACCGUCAAUAUUGAGUUUAUCGAUGCCAAUGAUAACUUGAUGAACAUUCCAUCAAACAUCAGUGAAAUCAUCAUCAGAUCGGAUUUCCAUAACACAAACAAACACUAUAAAUUUAAUGCAAGAAAAUUAGAUCAACAAUUCAUACUAUUAUUUGGUAAUAAUCUAUUGAAUAUCAACUCUGCGAUUCUAAAUAUUAAUAGUUUAUCUAAUUAUAUAAAAAAUGUUGCAAUUUAA